AUUCACUAUGUUCUGAAUCUCCUCAAGAAUGAUUCAUACUCGCUGACAGCAGGUGACGAUGCAGAGGGCUGCUCCUCCACCGCGACUUAUCGACCCAACAUAUGGAAGAGGAAGAAGUGGGACCGGCGUAGGAUUAACCGGAGCAGCAAGAGGCUUUGCGGAGGCAGCAAAGAGAAAACAACAAGGGUGAGCGAUGUCGGUCAGGGGGAGUAUGCUGAUAGGAAUUCUGCAGCAGCUGCUGAAGACGACUCAAACCGAUCCGGCUUCUUGGAAGAGGACUACAUCGUCCUCUGCUUCAGAGAAGACGGGGCAAUUGAUUUGUUGAACGACCAUACCCCAGAGGCGUCACCAGCACGGGAAAUGUCGAGUGGGACUGAGAUGAUUCGGGUUAAUUCCAACAAGAACAGGACGGCGAGAGUUCACGACUGCUGUUGGAAUAAGAACGGGCAGGCAAGAAAUAAUGCGGAGCAUUGCGUCCAAGAGGCUGAACAAAGAGAGGUACGACAGUUUCCAAUAACAAACUCGAACUGGAGAAGGAAACCAAACGAGGAUCUCUGCUUGUUUGUUUAUGGUUUUCUAUAGGAAGAGGAGCUCGAUUUGGCGCCGAGGCACAAUAGAUCGAAAAGCAGCAGCGGGUCAUUUUCGUUUCCUGAAUUGAGGUGAGAGUGGACAGAGAGCCCGGCCCGAAUGCCAAAACCAGAGGAAACCGGUUCGAGUACGCCAAGGGUUCAGUCUACCUCAGUGCCGUGACCCGCGGAUUCAUAGUAAAUUAUAGAAGCAAAAUUGAUUUUACCAUUCAGUUCUUUCACCUCUAUUCGCAUAAAUUCCCCUAGUUGGAUUGCUUGUCGUUCAGCCAAUCGGUCAAUAGAAAAAGACAUU